AUAACAAGAAAGCAGCAAAGGUUUUAAUAAAAAAAGUUUUGAACUUUUAAGUCAAGAAACACUAUUAAAAAAAACAAAAUGUUAAACACAACGCAUGUUGAUACUGAUGUUGAACUUCUAACUGAUGUCCAUCGCAUAUUAUUGACAGUGAUGUACAGUAUUAUCGUUGUAUUUGGUGUACCAGCAAAUCUUAUGAUCUUGAUAAUUAUUAUUUGGAAUAAAAAAUUGCGUCAGUUACCAUUAAAUCAGUAUAUAGUCACAUUAGCAUUUACAGAUCUUCUAACAUGUGGACUUGCAGCGCCAUUUUAUAUAUUCAGUUUAAAUGUUGUACCGAAUUCUAAUGUUUUACAAAAUGGCGUGUUAUGUAAAGGAUUCUUAACUGUUACAUACUCAACCGGAAUGCUUACUGUCUCUGCGUUGGCUGCGUUAAGUAUCGAUCGUUAUUUAGCAAUCGUCAAGCCUUUCUUAUACUGCAAGCAUAUUACAAGACAAAGGGUGCUGAUAUUAAAUCUCUCUCUGUUCGUUCAAGUUCUUUUAGUAACACUUCCAUCUACAAUUAUAAAAGGAUACUUUGUGAACAGCAGUAUCCAAGGAUUAGCGUGCAGAACGAUAUUAGGAAAUAUGAACUUGGUGUAUUUAUAUUUUCUAUUCGUUGUUAAUGUCGUGCUACCAUUGUUGGCAAUCACACUGUGCAAUAUAGUUGUGUUUAAGGUAGCUAGAAAGCAAUAUAAAAAAACUAAAGCAGAUUUUGAACUUCGAGCACGAGAAAGCUGGGUUUCCCAAAGUGUGGUAUCACACACAGCAACUCGGGUUGUUACAAAGUUUUCUACUAAUGUUAAUCGUGUGAGAAAAGUACAUCCGAUUCAAGAUCAAAUCGAAUCAGAAAAGAAGUCUAGUAAAAAAAAGGGAACGAAAGGUAACAACAUGCCAAGUUUUGAAGUAGCAUAUUCUGUUCCAGAGAAGUGUGGCACUAUACACAACGCUAAAACACAGAACACGUGUUUAAAAGAAAAAGAUAAGGAUUUCAAACGUUCAUUGUCUCGUUUUAGGUUCCAAUAUCGAAUUUACAUUUCAACUUUAUCCAUGAUUAUUCUACUUUUCAUAUUUUGGUCUCCAUUCCCAAUCCUUCGAGUUAUUGCAAUGAUGGGUUACAAAGAACUGGUGACGAACUAUGGUUUUUUAUACAGUACACUGGGUACGGCACUGCUCUCUGCAAUAAAUCCAAUCGUAAUUUUUGUAACCAGAAGAGAAUUUCAAAAAUACACAUGUAUCCAACGAAAAAAAAAAUCGUAGUCACGCAGAAAGUCAUUAAGUACGUGCAAACAGUAUAAAAAUUUCUUUUGUAAAUUUGUUAGCAAUUUUUUUGUAUUUAAGGCAUCUUCUUGGCUUGGCUUCGCUUCAGUGUAAAAAUUUUUAACCAUUGUUUCAUUUAGUUUUUGACUGCUAUUGUUUUGAAGAAAACAAAAUUGUUAAGCUUUGCGUGAGUAAAGGGUAAUUCAACACCAACA